AAUCCGGAUCCGGAGAAACGACAUCCCAUCAACAGUAUCGUCGAUGGAACGAACAGUUGGUGGCAAAGUCCGACCCUUCACAAAGGUGCCAAGUUCGAUCGUGUGACAAUUUCCCUCGAUUUGGGCCAGAUCUACCAAGUGGUAUUUUUCACGCUUCGAGCCGCCAUAUCACCACUUCCGGCAUCCUGGGCGCUGGAAAAAUCAACGGACGGCAAAACCUACCAAGCUUGGCAAUACUUUGCGGCCGACGACGACGAAUGUCGCGAGCGAUUCGGCCUUGGCGCCCACUCUGCUAACUAUAUCUUCCGAAACGAUUCGGAGGUGAUCUGCUCGACUCAGUUUUCCCAGACGGCUGAACCGCUCGAAAACGGUGAAAUAAACCUCUCGUUGAUAUCGGGUCGACCGAGCGAGAAAACCACCUCCCAAGAACUGCUCAACUUUACUCUGGCCCGCUACAUACGAAUACGCCUGGUGCGUAUGCAUACCGCACUGCAUCAGAGUGGCAGCUUGUCGCCGCUUUUGGGCGAAAGUGUGGUAGACUCCCAGGCGCAAGCCAAGCGAAGCUUUUACACCAUCCGAUCGUUACGGAUAGGAGGACGGUGUUUCUGUUCUGGCCAUGCGGGCAAGUGUAAGGCAAAUGAUAUCGAUAAUUUGCCUCGGUGUGAAUGCAUGCACAACACGUGUGGACCGAAUUGUGACCGUUGCUGUCCACUUUAUAACCAGAGACCUUACCGAAUGGGGACACCAUUUCAUGCCAACAAGUGCGAGAAAUGUGAGUGCAACGGUCACGCAAACUCGUGCCGGUACGAUCGGUCGGUGGACGAGCAGGGGCUGAGCGUGAACAUCCGGGGCAAGCUGAGCGGCGGAGGAGUGUGCCAGAACUGCACCAAACACACGACCGGCAUCAACUGCGAGCGGUGCCUGGAGGGAUGGUAUAGGCCUUUGGAUCGACUUCCGGAUGCUAAGGAGCCGUGUCUGAAGUGUGACUGCGAUGGGGUUGGGUCAACUGGGGAGUGUGAUCCUUUGGGAGGUGAUUGCGUGUGUCGAGAGGGUUUCGUAGGGGAGAGGUGUGAUGAGUGUGCUCCAGGGUACCGCGGAGAGAAGUGCAGCAAAUGCAAAUGUGAUAUUAGAGGGACUGUAAAAGGCGGUGAGUGUGCCGACGAAUGCGAAUGCAAGCAGAAUGUUGAAGGAGAGCACUGCGAUCGAUGCAAAGCAGGAUACUUCGGUUUGAGUGAAGACAAUGAAGAUGGGUGUAUGAAGUGCUAUUGCUCAGGACUUGGGCAAAGUUGUACAAGUUGGGAGGUUAAAGAGAAAAGGUUUGCGACGUUGGAAGAUUGGAGUGUCACGGAUAUCUCGAGGUCGGUAGUUGCUUAUCCGACCAGGGAUAAUGAAACAGGGUUUAUGGUUUUCGGAAUGUUUGAACUGUCGGAGACGGAAGCCGUUUACUGGUCGGCUCCGAAGCUGUAUUUGGGAGACCGGUUGCACAGCUACGGGUCAAAGUUGAGCAUCAAAAUAUCUUGGGUAAUAGUGAGAGGUGACACAAGCGGCAAACCAACAACGGGACCAAGUGUUAUUCUAUUCGGUAAAAACGGAUUGAAGAUCGCUUGUGGGGAUAUGACCUACAAUGGUCUUUCGAAUACUACCAUCGACAUCGAUUUGAGGGAAGAAAAUUGGUACCAUGUUCCCAAGAGUGUUAAGGAUAUUGUGACUCGCCUGAAACGAACCGAAUACCAUGGCGAGUCCGUCACGCGAACUCAGUUUAUGUCUGUCCUAAGUGAUGUUGAAAGCAUCCUAGUGAGAGGAACCUAUCACACUGAUCAGGUGGAAAGUGUUCUAGAGGAAGCAAUGCUCUACGAAGGUGGUUCAGAGCUGGAAGCUCUUCAAAGUCAAAGUUUGGUUGAAUCUUGCGAUUGUCCCAUCGGAUACAGUGGGUCGUCCUGUCAAAGCUGUGCCUUUGGCUUUGUUAGGAUCUACGAAAAAACCGUUACUCACGAGAACGUUCCCAAGUGUAUUCCGUGCACUAUGUGCCACGGUCAUGCGGAGUCUUGUGACUUGGAAUCGGGCGAGUGUGGCUUGUGCCACCACAAUACGAUGGGAGAUACCUGUGAACGAUGCCUGCCAGGAUAUUACGGAAAUGCAAUGCUCGGAUUAGAGGAUGAUUGCAAAAAGUGUGCCUGUCCUUUGGAAGAGUCUAGCAACAACUUCUCACCCAGCUGUCAGCUGACAGCAGACUUGGGAAUGAACAAUUCAACAAACUAUGUUUGUACGCAAUGUCCGGAAGGCUACAUUGGAGAUCACUGUGAAAUUUGUGAUGACGGCUACUAUGGAAAUCCCAUGGAGCUAGGAUCGAAAUGUCUUCCCUGUCCUUGUCAUGGUGGUCCAUGUGACUCGAGGACAGGGGAGUGCAUCGAGUGUUUGGGCAACACUGAGGGUUGGCGUUGUGAACGGUGUAAAAGUGGGUACUGGGGUGUGCCGGAUGAUGGUUGUGAACCGUGUAGUUGUUCCGGGGUGGGUGCCCUGGAAAAUGUGUGCGAUGUGAUCACUGGGCAGUGCAUCUGUAAACCGCGUUACGGAGGGCGACGCUGUGAUGAGUGUGAUAUCGGUUACGGUAAUCUGGACCAGGAGUGUCCAGCGUGCGAGUGCCAUGUGAACGGGUCCAACGCUAAUGUUUGCGAUACGGUGACCGGCCAUUGCGAGUGUCUCGAAGGCGCCGAGGGGCCCAAAUGUGAUCGUUGCUCCGAGGAAUAUUUCGGCCUGUCGGAAGAGUUCCCAGAAAGCUGUCAAGGAUGUGCUUGUCACGUGCAAGGUUCUGUCAACCGGGCCUGUCAUCAGCGAAAUGGGCAGUGCAUCUGCAAGCCAAACAUUGAGGGUCGGCAGUGCAAUCGGUGCCAGACCGGGCACUGGAAUCUGGACUCCGGAGUCGGAUGCAUCCGGUGCUCGUGCGAUCCCAACGGAAGUGAUCAGCAGGAGUGUGACCCCUACACGGGACAGUGCUUCUGCAAGAUCGGCGUUGAGGGCACAAGCUGUGAUCGCUGCCAGCCGGGUUAUUAUGGAUUUUCUAGUCAGGGUUGUAAGAGAUGUGAACAAUGUGCGAGUCCAGCGUACGUUUGUGAUCCGGAUACGGGACGUUGUGUGUGCCCUCCGAAUAGUCACGGUCACGAAUGUAGAUCCUGCGUGGCCAAUACCUGGGGAAAUCUAUUCCAGCGGGGUUGUCAGCACUGUGAGUGUGACAUUACCGGAUCGGUUGGACAGUCUUGUAAUAGUCAAACGGGUCAAUGUAACUGUAAGGAAGGCUUCACUGGAAGACAAUGUAACGAAUGUGCCGUCGGAUACUACGGAUAUCCAAACUGUAGGAGAUGUGCUUGUGAUGAGCGAGGUACCAUUCCCAGGCCUGAUGGACAGUUUGACUGCGAUGAUAAUGGACAAUGUCUCUGCAAACAGUUGGUCUUUGGUCACAAAUGUGAUCAAUGUAGAAUGGCAACCUUCGGCCUAUCGACGGUUAAUCCAGACGGAUGUACUCGGUGCUUCUGCUUUGGUAGAUCACAAGAUUGCGAGCAGAGUAAAUUCUCGUGGGGUCAAAUCCGUCUCCAAGGUUCACGGAACCUUAGUGUCGAGUACGUGGCAAGGGACGAAGAUGACUUCGACUUCGAUUACGUUGUAGUGAUCCAACUCGAGGGAUCCCGAACAAAUCGGGAAGAAGCUGACAUCAAGAAUAUGAACAGCCUCGACCUGAUUCCCAGUUCAACGGGGAAUGUUUCAAUCGGGGCCUACAGUCCUUUCCAAUAUCCGCUCUACUUCCAGUUGCCCUCGCAGUUCCUAGGAGAUCUCACCACGAGCUACGGUGGAUUACUAAAUUUUUCUCUAGUCACAAUAGGAGCUGAACAGAACAUUCCGGAAGCUUCCCUGCGACAGUUCCCGUUGGUACAACUACACACCCACGAUGAAUUGGUUCUUGACUUCUACGAGGACCAGAUAAUCUACGAUCAGGAAGUAAUCAAACACAGCGCACGAAUCCACGAGCAUCUCUGGAAGAACCACUACGAUGGUCACAACAUCACCCGAGCUAUUCUCAUGGUCGCCCUCCAAAACGUCCAACACGUAUUUGUACGUGGUACGAUCACAGCUGACUUCCAUCAAGUUAUCCUCACCAAUGUCACCUUGGAUACCGGGAUCUACAUUGCCGGAGCGGACAACAAUCGGGCCUACGGGGUGGAACAGUGCGCUUGUCCGGUGGAGUACAGUGGGCUCUCCUGUCAGAACCCGGGCAAGGGACACUAUCGGUUCAAGCCGAAGCUGCACAACAGGACCCAGGAAACGAUCGAUGAUUUCGUUGGACGAUCGGUGCCGUGCGAUUGCAAUGGACGGAGCAACGAGUGUCACCCGGAAACGGGCGUUUGUUUGAACUGCCGCAACAACACCGGCGGUGAUCACUGCGAGGUGUGCGCCGAAGGCUACUACGGCAGCCCGAACUUCGGUUCCUGCGAAGCCUGUCCCUGUCCGGAAACACGCAAGAACUUUGCCAAGGGAUGCCACGUCAGUGGCAACGAGGUCAGCUGCAUCUGUAAGCCGGGCUACACCGGAGUGCUGUGCGAGUCCUGCUCCAAGGGCUACUACGGAUCACCGGAACGGGACGAUGGACGGUGCGAGUUUUGCGAUUGCAACCGGGAGGGAAGCCUGUCGGACGAAUGUGAUAGCAACAGUGGACAGUGUCGAUGCAAACCGGGAAUAAAGGGGCGCAAGUGCGAUCGCUGCGAACUGCCGAAACACAUCGUCAAGAAUCACAAGUGUAAACCAUGCGAUAACUGUACCGUAAUUUUAAUCGACGACUUAACCGAGCUAACGAAUCGGAUGGAUCGCGAAACGGCCCACAUCGAUAUAAACGGAAUUCCUGCUCCAUGGAUCGAGCUGGAGAAAUACCAAUUGGCAUCUGAGACCCUAGGUAAAGCUGUUGGAGACCUUAUAGACAUGAAAGACCGCCUAGUGAACUUCGACCAUUCGAUCAUCGAUAGCCUCAAACGUAACUCUACCCGGUUGAACAAACGACUGAACAAACUUUCCAACCGAGCGGAUGAGUCCCAAAAUAUCGGUGUCAUCAAACUGCAAGAGCGCGUUGCAGCAACGAUGAACGAUAUCAACGAAAUGAAGGCUGAUGCUCAGAAAACGAUCCGGGUCCUGCAGGACUACAGCAAGGGCGAUCAACAUAUGAAGCUACCGAUAGCGUUGGAAGAAGCCAAUCGGUUGUUGGCCGAGAUCAAGUUUAUGUAUGAAAAUAAAGUUGAACCCAAGGACGAGGUCAUGCAGUGUGUGCUGAAUCAGUUUACUCAUUGGAGUAACAUGUCGGAUAUUGUGACAAGGCAGAACAAACGUCUGGAUUAUUUGAAAUCUGAAGUUUUCGGUGUACGUGAUCGAUUGGAUGAUUUCGAUCGGUUUAACAAGCAAGUUUUCAAUAACGUUACGCUGGCGGAAAGUUUUGCAUCUAAAAAUCAAAGAAACUUGGCAGAUUUGGAACGAAAGUUGAAUCACGCAACUGAGAUGAAAGAUGAAGUAAGCAACUUUUUAGACUUCGACAUUAUCGCCGACAGCAAUGUUAAGAUAGAAGAGCUACAAGAUGACUACAACCAAUUGAAACAGGAUAAAGAGAACUUAAAUGCUUUGAACAAUGAACUUGAAUCCAGCAUCACGGAGUUCAGUACCAGGUACGAAGUCCUCAUGAACAAUGAUAUCCCGGCUGCCAUACAACAUGCUCAUAAACUCAAAAAGGAAUCAGAUGAAUUUCAAAAACUUUUUAAAGACACCGAAGAUGGUGCUGCCAAUGCCAUGAAAGCCAGCCUAGCUUACGGAAAUAUAAUAACAGCAAUCGACAAUGCUCAGGAACUUGCUGAUAAAGCAACUGAUAGUGCCAAAGCUGCAAACAAUAAAGUCAAGCCACUCGGGGAUAUUUCUCUGGAAGAAAGGAGUUUACAUGCUCUUAAUGUUUCUACGAAUAUAGAAAAGAGAGCACUCAAAGAGCUAGAAAAGGCAAAAGAGUUGGACGAAGUAAUGAAAGACAAAGAGAACCAGGUUGGAAGCCUUCAGUAUAAACUUCGAUUGGCUGGUGUGGAUAACAAUAAAAUUCUGGAAGAUCUAGGCAAUGUUAAACGGGGAGAAUCUUUGAAGAAGCUGCAACAAACCAUUGAUCAGUCCAGUAUUGUAUCACAGCAGAUGAAAGUUGUACGUGAGGAAGCUGUAGCUCAGAACAGCGAUGUAUACAAAUUGAAGCUUAGGUUAAAGAAUCUGGAACCGGAAUGGGAUAUCAAAUUUGGGAAGGCCGAAGAAAAUGUGACCCAAUCACUGGGUAAUAUCCACAAUGCGAAAAAAGAACUGCAAGGAGUCGAGAAGCUAGCCGGCAUUCAAAGUGAAAAGUUCAAAGCAUGGAACGCAACAUUUUCGGCUCAGUUGCAGGAAUUAAAGGACAAAAUAGCUCGGGCCAAGCACGCUGCCGAAGGUAUUCGAGUUUCUCUGGAGUCUCAACAAGAGUGUAUGCGAUCGUAUGAGCCAGUUUCGUACGGUCCUUCCACAACAAACCGAAUCCUUAUGUCGGUGGCUCUCAACUCGGACAACCAAAACUCUCCUCUAAUUUACAUUCAAGGAGAGGAGCGUCGCUUCAUGGCUCUGGAAAUGAGACAACGUAAAAUUCGUCUCAUUUGGAACUUGGGAGAAGAAGUUGUCACAAUAACUCAUCCCACCGAGAUUGCCCCCAGGGAUCCAAAAUACGACGAUGCCUGGUAUUUUAUAGAAGCCAACAGAACCUUCAAUUUGUGCAAUCUCAAUGUGCGCCGAAUGACACACAGUGGUGUGUUAGUUCACACCAAUGCAGUUUCGGGAGCUAGCAGUCCCAACUACUCAAAGCUCACCAUGGGCCCGAGCAGUCGAAUUUGGGUAGGGGGAGUUCCCCCGGAGCUGAGACCAGAAUCACAGGAGCUUCUGCCCACCAAGGGGUUAGGAGUAACUCUAAGCCAGCUGUACGUAGACCAGCGGCAGAUCGGUCUGUGGCACUUUACCUCAACCGAAGGCAACUGUGGUGGUGCCAUGUUGGGACCCCAGGAAAGUUCUAGCGCGACCAGUGAGCGGCACUUCAAUGGGGAUGGGUAUGCGGUUCUGCAGAAGUCCAACAGCCAUCGCAGUAAGAAUCAGUUCAGUUUGACGUUGAGCUUCAAAACGCUGGACGAGAAUGCGUUAAUUUUCUUGGCCCUGGAUGAAGUUAAUAACCGUUCCAUCUCGCUAACGCUCUACCAGGGCCGGCUGGUGUUCCGGGUGGACUACGGUAGCGAUUCGAAGCUGGAAAUCAACACCACCAACAAGUACAACAGCGGCCAGUGGGUCGUUGUGGAAGCGGCCCGUUCCUUCUCCAAAGGCAGUUCGGAAAAUGCCAUCCUGAAGGUGGACAGCCGCGAAGAGAUCCGCGGAGCCCCAACGAAGCCAAUCAACUCGGGAAUGUUGCCCAACUUGGGUAAUGAAUACUAUUUAGGGGGUGUGCCUCCAGGUUUUAAGUCCGGAACCACCAAAGCACCGGGAGCUGAUCACGCUUUCCUGGGUUGCUUAAAGGGAGUUCAAAUUACCGGGGUCUCUUAUGAUCCAUUGGAUAGCUCGAAGCACUUUGGAAUAGAGGGGUCUUGUGUGGACACGAUUAGUCGGGCUGGAUUCUAUGGAAAUGGCUACGUAGAAUUUGCAUCGCACAGUUUACGGAAGCAGUCUAACUUUGGGUUCGUUUUCCGAACGUUGGAGCCGAAUUGUUCUUUGUUGGUAGCCGGAUUCCCUUCGAGCUUGCAGAAUGAGUUUGAUUCCAAGGAUCUGCGAGGAAAUUAUUCCGUUUUCCUGUAUGAAGGUCGGUUGAAUCUCUGGGUGGACUCGGGAGCCGGGCGUAUUGAAAUCGAGUCUAACAACACACUGAAUGAUGGAGAAUAUCACGUGAUAAGUGUGGUCAAAACAGGUCGUCGAUUGGAGUUGCGAGUUGAUGAUGAAUCCCAGGGUACGAAGGCUCUGCCAAAGACUCAACCCUUGGUGAACUUGCCCGGUGAAGCUGGAGGUCUAUUUUUGGGAGGUCUUCCGGAUGACGUGGCUUUCGACAGUCUUUCGAAAUCGUUUGGAGGUUUGAAGGGCGUGAUCGCCAAUGUAGUGUUCAAUAAUAAGGUGAUCUCGUUUGAUCAAGCUCUGAGCUUUACAAAUGUUCAAAUGGGAAGAUCUGGCCCUAAUAUGGGUUCGAACAUCUUACAUACUGCGCUAAUGAAAACUGAGCCAAUUGGGAGAAGCUUCAAACCACCUCCAGAGGGAUGCAACAGAGUUGGAAGUUAUUCGUAUGAACCCAAUGCCUUCAAAUACGGCGACAAACCUCAGAGUCACUCGAUUGUAAACGUAGCUGCCCGUCAUCUUUGGCAAAGGAACUUCGACAUCCAGUUCGAUUUUCGAACGUUCUAUCCUAAUGGAGUGCUGUUUGUAGCACUGGGCUCGAAAGAGAAAGCAAAACACUACAUCACCCUGGCCCUCAAGGACGGCUCACUGAUUCUAACAGUUCGAGGCCGCAAACGAGAACAACUUGUGCUACCGGUCAAGCUGAACGACGGCCAGUGGCACCACGUGUCUCUCAGUAGUAUUCGCAAGAAGGCCACCCUAAGUGUCCAUACUGGAGCGCAUCCGGCUCACCUGGGUCAAGAUAGCCUAAGCUCGGCCCAAAUCAAACUACCAAAGAAGCUGAAUGCAUCCAACAAUCUGUUCGUGGGAGGCAUUCCGGAUGAAACGCUGCUGCCGAAGGAUUUGCAACCGAAGCCGGAGGAGUUCAAGGGAUGCCUGCGGAAGUUCUCGGUCAACAACAAUACCCAGGAUCUGGCUCGGCCGGGUCGGCACAUGAACGUGGGUCAAUGCUUCCCUCGGAUCGAACAGGGUUCCUACUUUCCGGGCGAUGCGUAUGCCAUCUAUAAACGCAACUUCAACAUCGGCAAAUUUAUGGACGUCGAUUUGCAGCUGAGAACUUCCGAGGUGAAUGGGAUCCUGAUGAGUGUGGCUGAUCCGAUCAACGGGUUUCCGGCGUUUUCACUUGAAAUAUCUAAUGGGAACGUCGUUCUCUCGAUAGACGUCGGCGAUGGUUACCCGAUAAGGGUCCAGAGUACCCUUCCGUCCAAAUUCACACUAUGUGACAACCGAUGGCACAAUGUUUCCGCGUUGUACGAAGAUCAUCAGAUAGUUCUAAGGGUGGACAACUAUCCUCCGAAUACGUUACUGGUUCAGUCGAACGAAGUCCUAAGGAGGGUGGCUACCAAAGCUCCACUCUACAUUGGAGGAUUGCCAGAUACGGCCUCCAGUGGAACUCUGCUGUUGCGGGAAAACUUCAAGGGAUGCAUCCGGAACGUGGUGAUACGAAAUGAGCGUAAAGAUUGGACCGAUAUGGACAACCUUCACAAUGUCCUGCUGAGUGAAUGCUUAGCCAUCAACUAGAUUUAUUUAGCUUCCCCUUCAAGACGAUCACUCACCCACAUUCGAAGCAUCGUGUAAAUAGUAGAUUCAUUUUUCUGUUUAUCAAAGAACACUAACCAAGAGCAUGUGAAUACGCUUAUUUAGAAGUCAGAAAACAGAAGAACUUAAAGAAGGUGCAAAAGUUCCUUCUCUGGAGCAUAACAUUGAGACAUACCAAAUAAUGUAUAAUUUUUCAAACGACCCCGAUAGAAAGCUGUAUGAGGCUUCAACUUUCAUGCUCUUUUUCAUAUACUAAAUCCUUUUGAGAUCAAUCAAUCGAUCAAAAGGUGUCCAAAACCACCGAAAGCGGCUACUGAAUCAAUUUUUUCAACUAAACUGUGUAAAAAUAGAUAUGACCAAAAUACUGCCGUGAUAUGCCGAAGCGACGUAAAUGUCAUUUUUAAUUUUCGCUAUUAGAGUUCACAUUUCGUUACAAAUCCCGGGGAAGGAGAAAAUGGGGAAAAAGAGAAAAACGCUCUUAUUGUCGAGAAUGGCAUUUACGUAACUUCGGCAUAUCACGCGAGAAUAGUCAAGAACAAAAAAGCUAGUAUUAAGUAUUUAUUCGAGUUGCUUAUCUCUGCGUCGAACCGGGCGCGGGACUUAAAACUGCCAAUUUGUUAACUUUGGAAACUUUUACUUAUACUAAAGUGAGGGCUGAUUGUUAGAAUCAGCUGGAAGAUUCCUACUGACCUAUUUAUAAAAGAAAACUUUUUGUAAGCUGUUUAAGUAAGAUAAACAAUUGAAAAAAACCUAUG